AUGGAGCUCUACUUGCCAGCGAUAUCUGCAGGAAAAGGAACAUGCGAGGAGUCGGUGAUGAUUGACAUUCCAUGCGAGGAAUCUGAGGUAUGGUCUGAGUGCUGCAUUUACAAGGUUCCCAAGAAACUUCGUAAGGUAAAUGAAGAAGCUUACACUCCUAAGUUGGUUUCAAUAGGCCCAUUUCAUCACGACCUUGUAGAAUUGUGGGGUGUGAAAAUACAAAGACAUGUAUAUUUGAAAAAAUUCUGUUUAAGGACCGGGAAGAGCGAGAAGGAUCUUGUAAGCAUAAUUGAAAGCAAAAAGGAAGAAAUCUACCGAAGCUAUUCAGAGACCUUUGAACUCAUAAGUAACAGUAAAGAGUUUGUUGCAAAGAUUUUAUUGGAUGCCAUCUUUAUUAUUGAGCUCUUCUUGAGGAAUUUUGAACGCGAAAAAUAUGAAAAAUUAGAUUAUAUAUUAAGUAAUGCGUGGAUAGAAUCACACAUAAAGCAAGACUUGAUACUAUUGGAGAAUCAGCUUCCGUUUAGGUUUCUUCAAAAGUUAUAUAAGUCUGCCUUUGAUGGAGAAGAAGCUACUCCCUUUCUUAAGCUUGCCUGUGAGUUCUUCUUCUCCGGUAAGCACCAAAUACCCAUGGAUAAGGAAGUAAAGCAUUUCACUGAUUUGCACAGAAUUUUUUACUCUCCUUCGUACCCAAAACCUGAUCCCAAACCUGCCAAACAUCUAAGAUAUACCGCCACAAAGCUGUACGAGACAGGAUUGGAAUUCGAAGCAUUAGUUGACAUAGAUUCCUCUCAGAAAUCAUUACUUGACAUAGAAUUUGCAAAGGAUAAGCUCUUGGAACGCCAUCCAUUCUUGAAUCUCUCAUGGCUCUUCUCUUGCUUACCAUGCUUGAAAUCCCGUCAAUGCUCAAAGAGUGUGCGAUGUAUCCUGAAAGUCCCACAACUUGUGAUAGAUGACCAAACGGAAGCUCUUUUCCGAAACCUCAUGGCCCUGGAGCAGUGUCAUUAUCCAUCAAACACAUAUAUCUGCAAUUAUGUUUUGUUUUUGGAUUAUCUUAUCACCACUAAAGAAGAUGUGUGUUUGCUCGUUGAAAAGAAAGUGAUUGUCAACCGGCGCGGUAGCAGCAAAGCAGUGACUACUCUGAUCAACACACUUGGCCAUGAGAUUGUUGAACGUGAAUCAUGUUAUUACAAUCUCUAUCAACGGCUCAAUGAACACUGUGAUGACUCUUGGAAUUGUCUCGUGGCAUCCCUGACAAGUGUGUACUUUAAAGAUUUUUGGAGAGGUACUGCAACUAUUGCUGGAAUUUUUGUCUUGGGUGUCACUUUUGUGAACUUCCUUAGGCCUUUUGUCAUGAAGAAUUGAAGCAUGUGUGCUUUAGUGUUUGUUGGAGUGAUUUGCUUUUAGCUCUAAUGGAUUUGUAUCUCAACUUUGUAAUCGUUUUUUAACUUGUCUUAAUAGGUUUUAGCAGGAAUAUUUUCAUUUGAAAGUUUGUAUCCAGGAGUCUGUAUUUCAGCACUAUAUAUAUCCUAUGACAUAUCUUAAUCUCA